AUGGGAUACUACCUCACCGACGGUAUUUAUCCCAAAUGGGCAGCUUUUAUACCAACUAUUCCACUGCCUCAAGAUGAUAAAGCAUCAUUAUUUGCCACUACCCAAGAAUCUGCCCGAAAAGAUGUCGAGCGUGCUUUUGGAGUUCUACAAGCUCGUUUUGCAAUUGUAAGAAAUCCAGCACUUUUCUGGGAUAAGGAAAAGAUUGGCAAUAUUAUGCGUGCAUCUAUCAUAUUGCAUAAUAUGAUAGUACAAAAUGAACGAGAUGGGUACACUCAAUAUAACAUAGAAGAAUUCCAACCAGGGGAGUCAAGCAGAACUUCGCAAGUAGACAAUGACUACUCUACAUAG